AUGCUGCCUCGACUGGCGCGACAUGCGGAGAGUAUGGCCGCGCGUUCAGCCAGCACCACAGGCUCGAUGGUGACCAGGAGGGCAGCAGGACAUAGCGAAAUGAGAGCUCAUGCUGUGAACCGCGUGACUGAGGGAUGGCGGCGCCAAGGCGUCAAGGUUUUCUCACAAUCCUCGGCAACCAAAUCUGCUGCACCUGGAGCAGGGGAGAAGAGUAUGGCUAUCCCGUCCGCGGUAAAGAGCAAGAUCAUAGUAGACUUCAAACCAACCUCAAGCAUCUUCGAAACAGCGCUGAGACUGGUUGGAUUCUAUUCGAAGGAAUCGAAAAUUACUCGAUCGGCCUUGAACUUAUAUCUGAAUGCACGUCAGCAUGCUGACAACCCCAAUUUCCUCAAGCACUUUGGCAUGCCCAACGAUUUCAACAAGCAGUUUUGCAUUAUUUCUAUCCAUAUGUGGAUGAUCUUUGUUCGGCUUCGGAAGGAGUCUGUUGGCAAGCAGCUCUCGCAGGAAGUGUUCGACAACCUUUGGUUUGACGCGCAGAAGCACCUCAAGAACUUGGGCGUCGGCGUCUUGUCGUUGAACGCCAGGACGAGGGACUUGCAGAACGUGUUCUAUGGUAGCGCUGUUGCCUUCGACUUCUCUCUGGGGACUUCAGACGCUCUGCUGGCGAUGGCGUUGUACCGAAACAUGUCCGUGCCUUGUCCUGUGCGAUUCUCUUUCGAUGGGGACGCUCAUCAUGUCGGAAUGAUGGUGGCGUACAUCAGACGGGAGCUGAACAAGUUGGAGAUGAUGGACUCUGACACUUUCUUGGGUGGUAUGUGGGAGUUUUCUAUGCCUUAG